CUCACUGCUUCUCCAGGUUCCCGAGGAAGAAAAGGUACUUCCGCUGUUCCGUCCUGUUCUGUCCAAACGUCAUUUGAAACAGCGAGAUAGUCAAGAUGGCAGGCCGUCGUGUUGCCCUCAAGGCCAUCGACUGGGUGGCGUUCGCUGAGCGUGUUCCACCCAACCAGAGGGGCAUGUUCAACGCACUGAAGACUCGCAGUGAUGCCAUUGCUGCAAAACUAGCCUCCCUGCCUGAGGCUCCUGCAGCCAUCGACUGGAGCUACUACAGGAGUGCUGUUGCCAAAGCUGGCAUGGUUGAUGAGUUUGAGAAGAAGUUCAGUGCCCUGAAGAUUCCUGAGCCAGUUGACACACAGACGAGCGCCAUCAAUGCACAGGAGACUGAAGCUAACCAAAAUGCAUCAGCUUACAUUGAGGGAUCCAAGGCCCGCAUCACUCAGUAUGAGAAAGAGUUGGAGAAGUUUAAGAACAUGGUCCCCUUCGAACAGAUGACCAUCGAAGACCUCAACGAUGCUUUCCCAGAGACUAAGUUGGAUAAGGUCAAAUAUCCCUACUGGCCCCACAAACCCAUUGCUGAACUGUAAAUCCCUUACUGGACACACAAUAAAGAUUAUGUAUUUAAAAAGAAAA